UAUCUGCUUUGAUGUUGACCUUAUAAGUAUAAGUUUGAAUUAGUGAGAUCCAUCAAAGGUUAAUACCUUACGACUUGGAUUUAUUUAUUAGACUUACCUUAUUGUCAUUGCACCAAGACACAAAUGUAUUGACGACGAAAUGUCGUUGCUUGGCUACCGGAGUACGCAGAAAGAACACUGCAAAAACGGAGACGCUUUGCACGUGACGUCACACUCCGAAACUCCGGAUUUUAUUUAGUUUGCUUUUAUUUAGUUGAUUUUGUAGUAAAAAUAAAAUGGUCACAGGGUGCUGUGUGGUCGGCUGCACAAGCAGACGAGGGUGAAAACCAAAUUUGUCAUUUUAUCAUGGAAACUUUACUAUGCAAACUAUAAAUCAGAUAAAAGUUUCACAAAUCAAAAACAUGGUUUUACAUAUUCUGCUAUUAGAGCAGAAUAAUCCAGUCCAGGUUUUGAAGUGUCUAGGAGUUGUAGUUUUUAAACUAAAGUCGAUUAAAGAUGCGGAAAGAAACUGAGAUAGUGAAAAAUUAGCCAUUUCCCGAAUCGGAAGCUGGAAUUGGAAAUCAACUUCAGCUUCGUAUCUUCAUGCAGAUAUAAAUUCUGUAGUUUUAUAAAAAUAAAAAUUCUUACUGUUUUUAUUUGUUUAUUUUUCAAAUGUUUCGGCCAGGUGCUUUAGGAGGUGGAUGUAGAGUCUCCAGAAUUCUGCAGAGUCCUAAUGAAAAAAUAAAAAAGAUAGAAAUUAAUUUGCCUAAACUACAAUUUGUAGACUGUUUAAACUGUAAUACUUUCAUUGAUUUUGUAUUGUAUGAUCUACAUCUAAAAACUUUGUUAGUUUAGUGUUUGAAUAAAGGGAAAUGUCCUGGAUGUUAUUUUAGCUACACCCACCAGAGGGCAGUAAGGCUCCCUUAGAUAAAAUAGACACGAUGAUUCGGUUCUGAUGAACCAGUCAGUUCAUGUGACGUUCAGUUCUCAGUAAAGCAGCUUAAACUGGAUGGAGCUGCGGGAGAGAGCAGAAGGCUGAGAGAACUGAACACAUCAAAUAACCUCAAUAAAUAAGCAACAACUAAGAAAAGCAGGAUCAACGCUAAAAGACCGAACAGCAGCUAAGGUUGAUCACAAUGGAACAAGAAAGUAGAAAAGCAAAGACAGAAGUACCAAAGCAGCCUGGUAUGUUGACAUAAACCGAAUUACUUUGAAUUGGAUCCAAUCAUAAUUGACCUGGUUUUAGACUAAACACAAUAAAUUGUCUCAUUUUGUUUGGUACUUUGUUUUUUUGCGACAAAAGUACCGACUGGAUUCCAAAAAAUAAAAAAAGAAAUGGCAGCAAUAUUUAUCACAUUAACACUUGAUCUCUCAGAUUAAAAAUCAUGAAGUUAUAUCUUUGGAGUAGCCAGUAGUUCCUUAUCACGCAUUUUUUUUUUUAAUCAGGCUUCUUUCAUUAUGUUUUCUCAGCUGCGUUCAGGGACGCAUAACAGUUUCUGGGUUUAAGACUCACUGAGCACAUUUUAUGGUUAUACGACUGGGGAAAUUGCAUCAUGUUUUCCAGGAAAUUAGGAGAGUAUGAAGCCUACAUACUCAGAAGAAUAACAACAUUUUCACAAAUGGGGAUCCUGUGGUACCUGUGGAGAUGUAAAUGUAGUUUCCAUGAAAAAAAUAAACAACUUAAUAUGUAUUUAAAUUUUUUUUGAUAAAAGUCACUUUUUACAUAUGAGAUGUUUUGUCAUCAAAACAAACGUUUGUCUUCGGUAGCCUGAACCCAACAGCUGCUGCCUAAACCCGUCUUAAUUAGAAAAUGUUUAGUCAAACUGCAACACAAGAGGCUGGGAAAUCUGAUAGUGGAAAUGCAUGAUAACAGGAGCAACAGCAGCACAGAGAGGAAAAGUGACUGAUGAUCCAAAGCAAAGAGAAACCCUUAGUAAUGAUAUUAAAAAAAAGGAACAAUGAGACAUGAAACAUAUUUAAAUGUUUUCUUAAGAAUUUUUGCUUAUUUUAUUUAGGCACACUAACUCUGGUGUGAGCAGUUUUUAAUUUGAGUUACAACAGACAAAAAAGGGUGAAGAUCUCGGCCGGAACAUUUCAGUUCCCAAAACUGUAGUCAUGACAUUUCUAACUAUGCUACGUUUACAAUGAGAAGACUUUUGCAAAAGAAAACCCAACUCUCACAGUCUGGCUGUGAAAUGUUUUUUUUUUUUUCACUUCAGAGAAAAAAAAGAAAACCAGUCAUUAUCAUGUACACUGUAAUAUUUGCUUGGUGGUGCUUAAAUUACAUCAGACUUUAUCAGUAGGCAGAUUUGAAAAGUCUUAACAGACAAAUGGAUCCCGCCUUGCUGACGGGGGGGAAUCUGCACUCUUUAGGCUGGUUAUAAUGAUUCAUGAGACUCAGGACAACCUUUGACACCAGGACUGUUUGCUAUGGAUGCUUUGUGUCUGCAAGCAGCAGGCGAGAGGUAAUUCAUUACACCAAUGGUGUGAUGUCUUCUGGGAUCACAAAGAAAUUGCUGCUGCAGAGAGGAAGUUUGCUCACAGUUUGAAGAAGAACUGACCUGGCCACAUGUUUCCAUCAGAACAUGGCAGGAGCACCGUCCAGCCCUCUGACCACUUGCGUGGUGAACACAAGUGACGGCGUGCCCGGCGCCAAGAUCGCCCUGAGCUUGCAUCGACUUGACACCAACCUGAUGAUUUGGACUAUGAUCGGUGUUGGGACAACAAAUGAAGACGGCUGCUGCCCAGGACUGAUCAGUCAGGAAGCGUUCGUCCCCGGCAUGUACAAGCUGCGUUUUGAGACUGGUUUAUAUUGGGAGCGACUGGGAAAGACGUCAUUCUACCCCUAUGUAGAGACUGUGUUCACCAUCCAGAACCCAGCACAGAAGUUUAACCUCCCUCUGCUGAUGAGCCCCUUCUCCUACAGCACCCACAGAGGGAAGUGAAGCUCGGACGUGGCAGACAGACUUCUCUGCUGUCACAUUUGCAUUUUAGCGAUAUCGUGUCUUGCUUACAUUCAGGUUUUUCUGGCCCCUGAUUCCCACCGCCUCUUGGUUCUUGUCGUUUUGUUUUGGCACAGAAUGCAGUGUACACAGUUAUGAAUCAACUGUGUAACAGAUUCUGCUUCAGCUUUGCUUACUAAAAGAGAAGAGCCACAGGAUCUGAGGGCAUCGGCAUUGGAGAAUUUAAAAUCCUUGAGGGACCUUCUGCAACCUGGUUCCUAAAGACGACAGAAGUGAGAUACAUCUGAGACAGCAAAUGACGUCCAUUUAAGGCUUGCAGCAUGCAGGACCCAGGUGUUGCUCCCACAUGCAUGGAGGCUUUGUGUUCUUUUCUUUCUAUUUCAUUUCCUCCCUGUAUGGUAAUUAAGCUGGUCUUCUCAUAGAUACAAGCAUAAAGUUGCAAAUUCAGAAGUAGCUGUAACUGUCUUUUUGAAUAAAUUCUGUCUUUCGUG